AUGAUGUCCUCCAAUAAUCCAGACCCUCAGUCUCGAGACCCGGCACCCAAGGGGAAAUCCCGCAAGACCGACCCGAAUGCUCCCGUCCGAAAACGCCGCAAGAGAACCGUCGUCAGCGGGGCUUCUGAUGACUGCUUUGCCUUGCCUCGAACUUGGUCGCGAAUGUUCCGGAUACAAGACGACGUUGACAUGGGGGUUGGAGUCGCAAGCCGAGGCAAGCUCCGCGGACAGAAGCUGCCGGUGAUGGACUCGGAAGAGCAAGCGACACCUGCGAAACCACAACCAAAGGCUUCGAACAGCAGUGGACCGUCUUCAUCGCGGGCUCCCUAUAAUGCUUCGGUUCCGGUGCCUCCAGUCACUGGCCCGGAAGUCUCAUCGUUCGACGCUGGGACCGCCAAUGUGAAAAUGGAAAGUUCACCACCCAUGAUGCCGGGGUUCGAUAUGCCGUGGACAAUGGAUAUGCCAGAUCCCCAGUCGUGGUCUAACACGGCUACUUCGACACCUAAGAUUUCAGGGCUUCCAUUACCAUCCCGACCUCUGGUUCCAAAUACUACACAAUACAUGACUCCGGAUACGGCAUUGCAGUAUGCUCCUAUAUUAAGCCCAACAGCCAGCUUUAAUUCUCCAGUCUGGCCUACUGCAAUGCCCAUUCCAUAUCAGCCUGUCACCCCACCAUCGUCACAAGAUGUUGAAGAAGAGGAUGUCAAGAGAGAUUCUAAUUACCAUAUGCUGUGGAACGCUGCACAUUCUCCAUCACUAUCUCAACUUCUUUUGGCGCGAUCCGUGGGAAAGACACCCCGUCUUCGAUAUCUCAUCAGCUACUAUGCUGAAGUCAUUGCUCCCAUGAUUGUUGCCUUUGACAGCCCAACAAAUCCAUUCCGUACGCAUGUCAUCCGUUUGGCGGUGGAGAGCGAGGCUCUACAAGAAGCAAUUGCAACACUGGCUACAAGUAAUUUGCGACAAAGGCGAGAACAUAACCAUCGUUCUACUGAAAGAACACUACCAGCACGCAUGGCAUCGAUGGCUCACCGUGCCCUUACUGAUGAAGACUUCCAAGAUCGCUAUGGCAUCUCGGUUCCGGAAGGAUACGUGAGGGAAGAAAAUCACCACCGCGGGAUGGCCGUCAAGGCAUUGAAUGCCGAUUUGGCUGACCCCCGUCGAAGACUGUCAGACUCGGUAUUGGCAACACUUCUAAUGCUCUGCCUAUUUCAUGGUUGUGACACUGGUGUUGCCGAGUUCCGGGCACAAUUUGCAGGAGUGACAAGGCUCCUAGCGAUCCGAAUGCGCCAUUCUCGUGUGAUGACAGAAGAUCUCAAAUGGUUCAUCCGCAUGUUCUCAUGGUUCGAUACGCUUACAGCUACUACAAAUGAUCGUGACGUACAGCUUCGUGGGACAUGCUUGGAGAUAAGUUCAAAAACCGAUGGAGAAUGGGGUCUGGAGAACCUAGCUGGUUGUGAUGGUCGUCUGUUCAAAUUGAUCUCCCAGCUGGGUCGCUUGAACCUUCUCAGUCAAGAUCAAACCCCCAAUCUCUCGCGCCCAACUGAUGCUGCUGUCUCCACCGCCUCUCUUCCCCCUUCUAUGCUAUUCCCCGGGUGGGAGACGGUCACUCCAGACCCUAUGGCUGGCUCCAUGCCGCUUCCUGGAUACGGGUUCUCCCUCCCCACACCGCCGCAGAGCAGCGAACAGUCCCGUCGUCCAUCCUCUCCAGAAUUCUGGACUGAAUGGUAUUCACUUAGGCAGCGACUUGAAUCCUGGCGAUUCGACCCACCUGCUGAAGCCUCUUUCCCUUCUCCGCCUUUGUCUGCAUCUACUAUGUCAUGGAACUCCACCAACUACACCAUGCCGCAGACCUCCACAUCUGCGUACCAAGUGGCCCCCGAGAAUCUCCAGGACGUCUUCCAGAUCUCGGAGUGUUUUCGCCAUGCCGCGCUUCUAUACUGUGAACGUCUAGCUGAGCCAACUCUCCCGUCACGGCAUGGACGUAUCCAGCACCUCGUUCAACUGGCCAUGCACUGUCUUUAUACCGUGCAGUCAGAUGUAUACCUCCUCUGGCCAUUAUUCAUCGUCGGGUCGGAGUGUGUCGAGGAGAAUCACCGAUCGAUCAUCCGAAAUCGCUGCAAGGAUAUUUCCAAGGACUCCGGCUUUGUCAACAACCUAUCAUGUUUAGAGCUCCUAGAACGGAUCUGGGCUGAGUAUUCUGAUGAAUCCUCGUAUCCCGUUUAUCCAAGUGACUUCGGACCGCCACCUCCGCUGGCUGGAGGUCGGGCACCUACGUCGCAGGCCUUCCGGUGGUCCCAAGUCAUGCAGGCCAAGCGGGGCGAAGGAGAAUACAUGGUGGCAUAG